AAACAAUGACGCAAUCUAGCACUCCGAGCCCGAGGCCGCUCCGGCUGCAUCAGCUGGGCGCUCGUCAGUCUUCUUACCACCACAAUGAGAUUACAAUUCUUCCUAGUGCUCUCCGGAAUUCUCAUGUUAACGUGCAUGGCAUACAAGCCGGUGAUAAUUAUCCAUGGCGUCUGGGACUUGAGAUUUAGUCUCAACUUUCUGGCGGAACAGAUAAGACAAUAUCACAUUGGGACAGAAGUUCACAUCAUAGACAUUCUGCAUGGAUGGCGUUCCCUUGCUCCUUUGUGGUACCAGGUCAAGAAAUUCCAUGAACAAAUGCUACCUGUUAUGCAGAAAGCUUCAGAUGGAGUCAUACUUAUAGGGUACUCUCAAGGGGGUGUCAUCAGCCGAGGCAUCGUAGAGACCACGGAACACAACAUCACCACCUUUAUUUCUCUCUCGUCCCCUCAAGCUGGGCAGUAUGGAGAUGAUUUUCUUCGAUUGAUAUUUCCACAGUAUAUUAAAGAAACCGUAUAUGAGGUAUUCUACUCAAGAAUUGGCCAGAGGGUGUCUGUUGCUAAUUACUGGAAUGACCCGCAUCACCAGGCCUUGUAUUACAAGUAUUCUGACUACCUCCCAUACUUAAACAAUGAAAUCAAUGAUUCAUAUAGCAAGGAAUACCGACAGAACUUCUUAAAGCUGAAAAAGCUGGUUCUAAUUGGAGGCCCAGAUGAUGGAGUCAUCACCCCUUGGCAGUCAAGCCAUUUUGGAUAUUUUGACAGUGAAGAAAAUAUUACUGAAAUGAGAGACCAGAUUUUUUAUCAACAAGAUCUGUUUGGCCUCCACACAUUAGAUAAAGGUGGGAGGAUCAAGAUUUAUGAAGUACCUGGAGUGUAUCACACAAAUUGGCAUCACAACAUGUCUGUCAUCAAGAAUUGUAUCCUUCCAUGGUUAGACUGAUGCCAUCAUCUUGGUGGAACUUUGAUGAAGUGCAUUAGUUAAGUUUUUAUACAAUUAAUUAUGUACAAAUUGUGUGUUUGCCAUAGAUAGAGAACAUCUUCAAAGAACAGGGUACAGUCUUUAAACUUCAGAGAACUUGUGUUAAUCUAGUCCAAAAUUCAUAUAACUUCUGAAGUGCAACAAUGAUGUGUUAGUAGUUUUAUACUAGCAGAAUUUGUCAACUUCAAUUAGACCAUUGUGCUCACGGUGAGCUUGGGAAGAAUUUUUUCAUUAUUCUAAUUUCAUACCUGGUAUCAUGUAAAGGUAUGUUAUUCAAAGAUGCAGCUUUUUCUGCUGCCAUAUACAAUACAGUUUAACAAUACGGGUUUAUAUAUCUGCUUAGGUGGCUUUUACGAAUGCUCUUUGAUACUCUUUGGUCAGUGUGAAUGCUGUAUUGAUUAGUUGUUUCUGAAUGACAAAAAGUGAGAUGGUAUCCUACUUUUUGAGUCUUUUUUUUUUUCUCUCUUGUUAUUGCCUUUUUUUUCUAUUUUAUUGUUAUUAUUUUUUAUCUGGAUAUCAGUGACCAGCACAUGGUUAUCUUCUUUGAUUUUUAUGUUUUGAUUAUGAUAGUGUCUAAAACUGCUACAGAUUACUUAUCAUUGUAAAUAGCUGGCUAUUAUUAUUAUUAUUAUUAUUAUUAUUGUUAUUAUUAUCAUUAUUAUUAUUAUUAUUAUUAUUAUUAUUACUAUUAUUAUUAUUAUUUGAAUAAUCACUUUUCAUAAGCUCUUAGUGUGGAUAUGAAAUUUAUUAAAGAAAAACACCACAAGUACUGUUAUAGACUUGUGUUUUAGAAGAGUUCAUAAUUUUUCAACUUCUGGAUCACCACCCAACUAACCAUAAUUUCUUCUGGUUCCUGAUAUUUCUCUCUCUCUCUCUCUCUCUCUCUCUCUCUCUCUCUCUCUCUCUCUCUCUCUCUCUCUCUCU